CACAAGUCACAAGUGAAGUCACAAAGCCGUACCAAGCCAGGUGACGCCAGUUACAAGGAGUGACAGAGUGGGAUCGUGUGACACCGUCACACCGCAAGCAGAGAGCAAGAUACUAACCAGAUCGAAGCGACCAUGUCGUUGGCAGGGGGUUGGGAUCGGCGUGUACGUGGUGGCAGCGGUAGGUUGGAGCUGCCGCGGCAGCAGCCGCCGGUGGUGGUGGACGUCGGCUGCACCUGCCGCGGGGCGAGGCUGCUCAGCUCCCUCAUCUCCACGCUCAAGUCCCACGCGCGCGGCGCCGUCGGCGGCAAGGCCAACUCACCGCACGCGUCGUCGUGGUCGACGUCGACCUCCACCACCACGGCCUUCACGUCCUCCGUCUCCACCACCACGGCCACCUCAGGCUCCUCCGCUGCCGAUGUCCUCCACUCGUGGGGCCCCGCGACGUACGCCAUCAACACCAGCGCCCUCGACGACUACGACGACGGGGUCCAUCAUCACGACGCCGAGCACGCGAGGCGUCAGAGGCGGCAGCGGCGGCGGAGGAGGAGCAGCAAGUGCAGGAGGGGGCAGGGGAGGAGGGCGGCGGCGGCGGCGCCGGAGGAGGAGGAGGAGGAGGCGGUGGCGGUGGCGGUGGAGGUGGAGUCCGCGGCGCCGUACGAGGACUUCCGCGAGUCGAUGGUGGCGAUGGUGACGGAGAAGGAGAUGUACGCGUGGGAGGACCUGAACGCGCUGCUGCACCAGUUCCUGGCGCUCAACUCGCCGCGCCACCACCCGCUCAUCCUGACCGCCUUCGCCGACCUCUGGGCGCCCCGCGGCGGCCUCUUCUGCCCUCCGUCCCCGUGCCUCCUCUGAACCUCCCGGCCAGUCCCCACUCCCCACCAUAGCUCGGGCUGCUGCAAAUCUCGCCGGUAAUAUGAUACCGUGACGUUGUUAAAGGGGUGUUUGGAUCCUGAGUUAAAAAUUUAUAGGUUAGUUGGUGUCAUGUCGAAUAUUCGAAGACUAAUUAGGAGGACUAAAUAUUCGAAGGCUAAUUAGGAGGACUAAAUAUUAUAAAUAUGAGUUAAUUAUAAAACUAAUUAGAGGCUAAAUGG